GCGGCCGCGCGGGGUUGCCCGCCGGAACCCGCGGCGCGCCGCUCAUGCGAGACCCCCGCGGCCCGGGCAGCGCGCAGCGACCCCCGGCCGGGCCAGGCAUGUGAAGAUGUCAGUGGGCUGUGCAUGCCCUGGCUGUUCCUCUAAGUCGUUCAAGCUGUACUCGCCAAAGGAGCCCCCGAACGGCAACGCCUUCCCCCCUUUCCACCCGGGCACCAUGCUGGAUCGAGAUGUGGGUCCUACUCCCAUGUACCCACCGACGUACCUGGAGCCUGGAAUCGGGAGGCACACGCCGUACGGGAACCAGACUGACUACAGGAUAUUUGAGCUCAACAAGCGGCUGCAGAACUGGACAGAGGAAUGUGACAAUCUGUGGUGGGAUGCCUUUACCACGGAGUUCUUUGAGGAUGACGCCAUGUUAACAAUCACUUUCUGCUUGGAGGAUGGACCAAAGAGAUACACGAUUGGCCGGACUCUGAUUCCCCGUUACUUCCGCAGCAUCUUUGAAGGGGGGGCCACAGAGCUCUACUACGUGCUCAAGCACCCCAAGGAGUCCUUCCACAACAACUUCGUCUCGCUGGACUGUGACCAGUGCACCAUGGUCACGCAGCACGGCAAGCCCAUGUUCACCCAGGUGUGUGUGGAGGGGCGGCUCUACCUAGAGUUCAUGUUCGACGACAUGAUGAGGAUAAAGACGUGGCAUUUCAGCAUCCGCCAGCAUCGAGAGCUCAUCCCUCGCAGCAUCCUUGCCAUGCAUGCACAGGACCCCCAGAUGCUGGACCAGUUAUCCAAGAACAUCACGCGCUGUGGGCUCUCAAACUCCACACUCAACUACCUCCGACUCUGUGUAAUCCUAGAACCAAUGCAGGAGCUCAUGUCACGGCACAAGACCUACAGCCUCAGUCCCCGGGACUGCCUCAAGACUUGCCUCUUCCAGAAGUGGCAGCGGAUGGUCGCUCCGCCUGCGGAGCCAGCACGGCAGCAGCCAAGCAAGCGCCGGAAAAGGAAGAUGUCGGGGGGCAGCACCAUGAGCUCCGGUGGGGGAAACACCAACAACAGCAACAGCAAGAAGAAGAGCCCAGCCAGCACCUUUGCCCUGUCCAGUCAGGUACCUGAUGUGAUGGUGGUAGGCGAGCCCACGCUGAUGGGGGGGGAGUUUGGGGACGAGGACGAGAGGCUCAUCACCCGGCUGGAGAACACACAGUUUGACGCCGCUAACGGCAUCGACGACGAGGACAGCUUCAACAACUCGCCGGCGCUGGGGGCCAACAGCCCCUGGAACAGCAAACCGCCCUCCAGCCAGGAGAGCAAGUCAGAGAACCCCACGUCGCAGGCGUCGCAGUAACGGCCCCCCCGCCGCCCCGUGGACUCAGUCCCAACCGAUCUACCUGUACAUUUGCAACGGAGAGUAACUGGGAAGCGGCGAGGUACUGGGGGCAGAUCGGCGGGUGCACGGCCAGGCGAGCAGCCCCCAGCCCUCUGCCCCCGCCGCCUCCCCGCUCCCCCCACGCCUGCCUCCCCGCCGGACCCCAGUGCAGGGGUGGGUUUCCGGGGCUGUAGCUGCGUUAUUCCCUCUUCUCCCUCUUCCUCCCUGCUUCUUCCCUGGAGAGCUUCUCAUCCCUGCCCCCCGAUGUGCCCAGCCCCUGCCCGCUGGAAUUAGGAGGGAGGUGUCGGCAGCAGCUGGCAUGACCGGGAAGCCGGCAGUGUGCUGAGGCAGUGUAUUGGGGUCUGGCACAGCCCAGACACCCUCCUCUUCCUCUUUCCCCCCUGGGUCCUAUGGCUGGGUUUUGCUGGGCAGCCGCCUGCAGCGGGGUUGCGCAUCCCUAGCCCAACGUGGGGCUGAUGGAGGGUGUCCAGUGACGGAAAGCCUUCCCUGUGCCGCCAGCUCUGCCACGGAGCCUCCUCCAUCUGGGGUCGGAUCCUGCUGCACUGGGGUGGUGUUGAGGAUAAGGGCCUGUCGCAAUCCCUGCUUUCCUGCACCCUCCCCUUCCCCUCGCUCCCAGGGGCAAGAGCGCAACAGGGUCAGGGGGGACUCUGUAUAGAAGAAGUGUGUGGUGGGGGGGCUUGAUGGAGCUGGAUGGGGUCACAGAGGACCCACACCUCUGCUGUCACUCCCUGCCCCUGUGUCCCCUCUGCCCUGCGUGAGUCUGCCCGGGGCCCCUUUGCAGCCCCUGGUACCUCCUUCUUUUGUCUUUUUUUAAGAAAAAGAAAAAAAUAAUAUUAUUAAAAUUGUAAGUUUAAAAAAAGGAAAAAAAAAAAUGGGAAAAGCCCCCCCCUCUCCCAGCCCUUUCUCCGGUUCCCCCCUCCCUGCCAUGAGCCCUCCCACCCUGUCCUGACUUUUGUACAGGCUUCUUCUCUUGGGAGUCUCGUUUUAUAUCCAGUUCGGAGAGCUUCAAACCAAGGAGAGACUUUGCAGACUUCCUUUCUAAAUCCCUCCAGGGGCCGGGGGGGGGCAGCCCCCCCCGCUCCCCCUCCUCAAUGUAAAUCUUGUGUGCUGUUGUCCCCGCUCCCCCCCCUCGGGUUCGUGUACCUCGUGCUUGUACAUUUCCGCGCUGUAGACAGUGUGUACGAUACUGUUCUUUCAAUGUGUUAUCACUAGAGCAGGUGCCUCCAUCGAUGUUAGGGGAAACGAUGAGAAAAAUAAUAAUAAUUUUGGGGGUUUUUUUUUGGUUUAAAAAAAAAAAAAAAGGAAAAAAAAAAAAGGAAAAAAAAAAAAAUCCCUUCCAAGGCUUCUUCCAAGGAGAAGACGGGAGGUGCCGGGGGAGGGCGGCUGUGCUCACCAGCUCACCCCAGCAGCCUCGGAGGGGGUGGCCGGGGAUCGGGUCCCCCCGAGGUGGGGUUGCAGCGAGCGCUGGGGUGGGGGUGGCUGGGGUGGGGGGUGCGUGUGCGCGUGCAAGGGUGCGUGUGCGAGAGGUUUGUGUGUGUCUGUGUGUGUGUAAGGGACCCGGGGCCGGGGGAGCAGCCCUGCGGGGUGGGGGGGUCGGGGGUGCACCCCGCUGUCUCCACCAGAGCCCCCCCCCCAGUUCUCACAGCUCGUGUCCCGCUGCCCCGUGGGGCCGUGGUUGCACCCUGUGUCUUGCCCACUCGUGGCUGGGACUGCAGGGGGUGGCCGAGCCGGGAGGGGGGGAUGUGCUGCGUCCCCCCUCCUGCUGCUGUCCCUGGGCUCGGGCAUGAGAUGGGAGCCCCUUGGCUCAGCCCUGGGCUGCUCUCGAGCCCCAUAUGCCCGGAGAGUCGCCUGCAUCAGCUCCCGGGCCCCUCCAGGGGCAGCCUGGAGGUGGAGGGCUCAGCCCCACAUCCCCUUUGCAGGGGGUUGGCUCCAGGGUGGGAGCCCGGCGUGGUGGGGAGAGGGGCUCUGGUUUGCAGUUAAGGUACGAUUCUUGCUGCCAGACUCUGUGGAGGGUGCAGGACCCUCGCUCCCCCCCCCCCCCCCCCCCCCCCCCCCGGGCACACUGAAAUGCCUUUUUGUUUCUUUUUUGUUUUGUUUUGGGUUUUUUCCUCCUCCCCUCCAUAGUUUGUGCCAUUUAUGAGUCAUGUAUGGUACCAAUAAAAUGACUUUUCGGUUU